UGCGUUACAAACAGACGAUACCAUCACUUCAACAGCAGCCUUUCAGACAAGAGAUUCAAAAGAGCAAUACAGGAAGUGGACUCACUAAGGAUGGCCUCCUUGAGCUCCAGCCUCUGGAAUGAAACCACUACAUCUGUUUAUCAGUACCUUGGUUUUCAAGUUCAAAAAAUUUAUCCUUUCCAUGAUAACUGGAACACUGCCUGCUUUGUCAUUCUGCUUUUAUUUAUAUUUACAGUGGUAUCUUUAGUGAUCCUGGCUUUCCUUUACGAAGUACUUGACUGCUGCUGCUGUGUAAAAAACAAAACUGUGAAAGACUUGAAAAGCGAACCUAAUCCUCUUAGAAGUAUGAUGGACAACAUCAGAAAACGUGAAAUUGAAGUGGUCUAGCAUGUUACAUCAGACGAACAUCU